GGAGCCCCGGACUGGACUGCUUGAAACUGUCCCCCCUCUGCCUAAGGAAGGGGAGAUGGAAGCCAGUGAAGAUAUCCAGACACAUCUACCAGUGGUCCUGUCCCAGCCUUAGUAUAGAAACCAAGGUUAUAAACCAAACAGGUAUCCAAGAAGAACAAGAACAUUUCAGCCUUUUGAAACAGGAGAACACUGAGGCACCAGACCUUGCACUACCAUGACUUCAUCUAGGACCAGGACUUCCGACAUCAGGCUUGACCAAGAACCAAGUGCACGGUCCAUGUGCAGCAUCACUUCUUGGGAUGAGACAUAAGAACUAGUUCCAUAUGCAAGUUGACCCAGGCUCCCAGGGACCUAAACAGCAGGCACCAGUGGUAGAAUCCACACUGCAUCCAGGAGCUUGAGGUUCCAGGACAGAUGUACAUCCAGCCAGCUCAACAGGGAAGCCCUGAGAAGCCAUGGUACCAGAGACCCCAGCUUAAGACUGACCAGUGAAUCAAAGGCUAAGUGGAUCCAGCCAGCCUCCUACUUGUCUCCAUCUGGAUGGUAAAAGGGUUUAGGGGAUUCUCCAGAGGGAUCCCCAGUUACUACAUGGGACUCAAGACUCAUCUCUUGCACCAGUGAGGAUGUGACCAUAGGAGAUACUGAAGACAACCCAGGACAAUGCCACUGGUCAAGAGGAACAUUGAGCCCAGGCACUUGUGCCGAGGUGCCCUGCCCGAUGGGGUUACCAGCGAGCUGGAAUGUGUCACCAACAGCACCCUAGCUGCCAUCAUCAAGCAGCUAGGCAGCCUCAGCAGACAUGCAGAGGACAUCUUUGGAGAGCUGUUCAAUGAAGCCAACAGUUUCUACAUGCGAAUGAACUCGCUCCAGGAAAGGGUGGACCUCUUGGUGAUAAAGGUCACACAGUUGGACUCCACCGUGGAGGAAGUGUCCCUGCAGGACAUCAACAUGAGGAAGGCUUUCCGGAGCUCCACAAUCCAGAAUCAGCAGGUGGUAUCACGUAACUCCAUCCCCAACCCCGUGAUGGAGAUGUACCAGCGGUGUGACAAGCCCCCGCCACUCAACAUCCUCACGGCCUACAGAGAUGACAAGAAAGAUGGCCUUAAAUUCUAUACUGACCCAUCAUAUUUCUUCAACUUGUGGAAAGAGAAAAUGCUUCAGGCCACUGAGGAUAAGAGGAAGGAGAAACGAAGGCAGAAGGAACAGCGACUGGUGGAGGACUCCACCAGGGAGGUGAAGAAAGUGCGGAAGGCACGGAACCGGCGGAUGGAGUGGAGCAUGAUGGCAUAUGAUAAAGAAUUCCGGCCAGAUAACAGGUUCUCACCAUCUCCGUAUCACAUGGCCUCCUCAGAAGGAUCACUCUCCCCAGAUAAUAGGUCUUAUGCAUCAGACAUUGGUGAUCACUCCUACCCAGCCAGCCCCAACCAUCCAGCCCAGCAGGUGUUGGCACCCACUCCUCAUCUGCCCAUGGAACACAAGGAGAUCAUCCUGGCCCCCAGCCAGCUCCCAGAGCUGACCUACCGACCCACAGCUCCAGGCAGUCGGCAGAACAGCCUUGGCCGAGUCCAACAACCUCAUGUGCCACAGCCUCCAGAUCCGAUACUGAAUGGACCCAGGCCUCAACUGAUCAAGGACUAUGGGUCCCAGGCAGUGCCCAUGGCUGAUUUCUUUGUACCGCCUGCCCCACCCCCGCCACCUCCAGUGAUCCCAUCGGCCCAGACGGCUUUCGAUAGCCCCAUCUCUGUCCCACCUGCUCUUGCACCUGCUGCCACUGCCGCCCUGGCCCAUCCUGCCUACACACCCUCCCCACCCCCGGCCCCACCCUGCCCAUACUCGGUCUCUCCCCCGCAGACUGGCCCCAUGGGCCCUCCUGCAGCUCCUCCUCCACCCCCUCCUGGCCCUCCAAUGGCCACGGCCUCCCCGGCCCACUCGGCCUCCCCGGGUGCUGUACUUUCUGAACCACGGAAACCUCAGAUCCCGUUGAUACCAAUGAGUGAUGCCAGAAGUGAUCUUCUUGCUGCCAUUCGGAGGGGCAUCCAGCUGCGGAAGGUGCAGGAGCAAUGGGAACAGGAGGCCAAGAAGGAGCCCGUGGGCAAUGAUGUGGCCACCAUCCUCUCCCGGCGCAUUGCAGUGGAGUACAGCGAGUCAGAUGAUGACUCCGAGCUGGAUGAAAAUGAGUGGUCAGACUAAGGGACGCCGGGCCGUGUUGGCC